CCCCUCCCCUAAAAUAAUUGAAAUGACGGUGAUAAGGAAGGAGGCGUGAAAAACCCAGUUGUACGGCCUUCAAUGGUGACCAAUAAAAGCGUUUUUCACGUUCCUUUCCUUCACUAUUACUCUAAUACAGCCCUGUUCUCCUUAUUCACUUCAACCAAAGCUGCCUAUCCAUUGCCCAAUCACAGCGUUCCAGCUUUUCUUUGCAGUUUCCAUGGCAGAUCUUAAGCCCCAGAUGGACAUUUCAUUCGCUGAGAUAUUCCUGUGCAGCGCUCUCGCGGCUUGUUUUGCCGAGUUCUGUACUCUUCCUUUGGACAUUGCUAAAGUCAGGCUUCAGCUUCAAAAGAAAGCAGUUACAGUGGAUGCAGUAGGUAUACCCAAAUAUAGGGGCUUGUUGGGUACUAUUGCUACUAUUGCUAGGGAAGAAGGUCUACCAGCACUUUGGAAAGGCAUUAUUCCAGGAUUACAACGGCAGUGCAUUUAUGGAGGCUUAAGGAUUAGCUUAUAUGGUCCUGUCAAAACAUAUCUUGUUGGCGGUGAAUUUAUUGGAGAUAUUCCUUUGUACCACAAAAUACUUGCUGCGUUUUUGACAGGUGCUAUAGCAAUUUUAGUGGCUAAUCCAACUGAUCUUGUCAAAGUUCGACUUCAAGCUGAAGGAAAAUUGCCAGCUGGGGUGCCUAGGCGUUAUUCUGGAGCUUUGGAUGCUUAUACCACCAUUGUGAAGCAGGAAGGAUUAGGGGCCCUGUGGACUGGGCUUGGCCCAAAUGUAGCACGAAAUGCUAUAAUAAAUGCUGCUGAACUAGCCAGUUAUGACCAAGUGAAACAGAUGAUUUUGAAAAUUCCAGGGUUCAUGGACAAUGUUUUAACUCAUCUGCUAGCUGGUCUAGGUGCAGGUUUUUUUGCUGUCUGUAUCGGUUCUCCCGUUGAUGUGGUGAAAUCUAGAAUGAUGGGAGAUUCUACUUACAAAAACACGCUUGAUUGCUUCAUCAAAACUUUGAAGAGUGAGGGAUUUCUUGCCUUUUAUAAAGGGUUCUUCCCUAACUUUGGUCGGCUCGGAGCUUGGAAUGUGAUUAUGUUUCUAACUUUUGAGCGAGCGAAGAAUUUUUUUGGAGGGGAAGCCUAAAUCUCUGAUUUUCAUGGUUGAGAUUUGGCAAGGGGGAACGCAAAGCUUUUUGUCCACGUGUUGCUUCUUCAUCUGUUUUAGAAUUUUUUUUCUCCAGAGAGAUGAGAUUGCCCCUGCAAUUCUUUUUUCCCCUCAGUUACAUACAGAUUAGUAUUUGUAACAAUGAAUUGACUGAGAAACUAUAUUUACUUGGGAGGCUGUUUUUCGUCAUUACCAUCAGACCCUUUUGUGAUAGUGCAAGCUGCUUUCCUCCCCAUGUUAUAUGAUUACAUUGUAAGUUGAAUGAAAUAAACCAAUAUAUUAUAUAAUUUAUAUUCAA